AUGGAUCAAGCAGAGACUGUAGAAGAUCUUCAGGCAAAUUUAGACGAAUAUAAAAAGCAACUUUCUUCCGUUGAAGAUGCUCUUAAGGAUGACCCUGAAAACCAGGAGUUUUUGUCCCUUAAAAGGGAUUUAAACGAAGUCAUUGUCUUGACAAAUGACCUAAUUAAGUAUAAACAAUCAAAUGAUGAACUCAUAAAACAGGGUGUUAUACACCUUGAGGAUAUCAAGGAUGUUGAUAUAUCAACGUCUAUUUUUGUUGGCAGGACGUGUGUAGUACUUUAUAAUGGCAAACAGAAGUAUGGAGAGGUGGUACAAGUUAUGGGCGACCAGCCUACUGAUUUGACAAUUAUCGAAUUGCUUGGAUCGAGAGAAAAGUGUAGCCUCGCCCUCAAAGAUUUGAGGCUUCUGGAGCCACCACUACCUGUACAGUGUAAACCAGGAUCUCUGGUACAAGCAUUAUAUGCAGAUGACGGUCGUUGGUACGACUGUAUAAUUAAUCGCCAAACUGAAAAGGGAUAUGUUGUAACAUAUAAGGACUACAAUACCUCAGAAGAGGUCAAGAGAGAUAGAAUAAGACUGAAGAUAAGAAAUGAGAUUAAAACAACGGAUGUUAAAGAAAUUGUAACGCCUGCUGGGUACGUGAUACCAGAGAACUUGAUAAUUAAAAAGACCGAUAACGAGAAGGAGAAGCUGCGGAAGAGGAAGUUGGUCCAGAGCCUGAAAAAGCAGCAGAAAACCAUGAAAGAGCACGAAGACUCAUAUAAAAGAGCCAGUAAUUGGAGAAAAUUUCAAAAGAAGUCUGGCAUGAAGAAUAAGGCAGGAUACAUGACCGGGAAAAGGGACACAUCGAUAUUCAACACGGAUGAACCUGCAUCGAAUGUGUCAGGAAUUGAUCAAAAUGUGUAUAAUAGCUUUAUUCCGAGGAAGAAGUUUGAUUACACAUCAGAAAUGUUCUGA